GUAACCUGCUCCUCGCAACAUACCAUUGCGACAGACUAAAGGAUGUUGCAACGCGUCCUUUCUGUUUGGACUCAUCCGUCGCCUCGUGACGCGUUCCGCAGGGUCAUCGAGCAGACUGUCCAACGCUAGACUCUGGGUUUAAUUUCCUUGUAACAUCGGUUACUCUACAUUGACGCGGUCCAAUGAGGGCGAUGUGCCUUUGGCUAACUUCUAGGGACGCUGAACUUGCCCCCGGUCGGACGACAGGAGGCGCUGACGCCCCCUCGAGCAUAAAAGGGGACCUCGAUGCCUCUGACAUCCUUCCGCGCCCCAUCUCCCUUUGCGUACAAUGUCUGUAAAGGACCUCCCAGAGGAGCUCCUUCGCGAGAUUCUCUCGGCCUGCCUGGAUGUCUCGCUUGCAGACUUCUUCCGGUUCCCUACACUGACGGAUAACGCUGGGCACCCUCCGCGACACGCCGACCUUCUACUCGCGUCGAAACAGUGGCUCCGCAUCGGCGCGCCUCUCUUGUACUCAUCGCUCAGGCUGUGCAGCCCAUCACAUGCCGCCGAAGUUGCCAGGCUACUUUCCGCUAGCCCCGGCCUUGGCAGCGCCAUCGUCAACUUGCGCAUCGAGGAGAACUGUGGCAGCAGUCUCGUGGAGAUUGUCAAGUGCGCGCCCAGAGUACAGCGACUCUACAUCUCCGUCUGCCACAUGUCUUCCCACGACGUCGAGCAUCUCCGUCAGGCGCUGCCUCAUAUCCUCCCAAAGCAGCUUUUCCUCGUCGAUAUGACGCGCGUCAUGCGCUUUUUUACUCUCUUUCCUUGGCCUCCCGGAACGAAAGCGGACGAGGCGUUGCAUGUAGUGGAACACACAAUUGCUCAUCACUGGACUAUGCUGCAAAGCAUCCAUUUCGGACCGUGUUUCCCCAUUACCCCCACCACGUCUCUAGCACUCGAUCAAGCAGUACAGGGCCGUCUCCCCGGUGAGAAAAACCCCCUCCAGAUCGUAUGUUGGGAUCUGGAUGGCAGUUCUAAUCGGGUAACGGCUGGGACCUCUAGACCCAGCCCAAAGAGAUAAGCACGAUGCUGUAACCCCGACGACGGAGUCGGUCAGAGCAAGUCCUUUUGUAAUGCGUCGUAAGCUGUAUCACUUCCGCCCCGUCCUGUUGGUCAUUACAUACGACGAUUUUGGUGCGAAUAGUGCCAUUUGGCAAAUGCAAAUUCAGUAAUUGAGCGUUUUCACGAUCGUCGAGUCCGUAUAACUCUUGCUUUGACAUCCGAGGGAUCCUGGUCUGUCGUUUUAUGUAAAU